AUGUGCCGCUUGCAACCCGGCUUUCUCUGCGCUGCACUCCUCGCCGCACCGCACCGCGCCGAAGAUGUUGACUGGGAUAUCACUGCCUGCCCUCCGAUGCCUGCCGAGCCGGCUCUCAGUGUGGAGACGCUGCAGUGCAUCUACAGUUUGCAGCGGCUGCCCCUGAACUUCUACAUCCGAAAGUGGUACCAGCCCUUGGAGGACCUCGCGCAUCGUGCGGCGCGCUGUUUACCGGGUCCUGCUCCGCAAAGAGUGCUGGAGCUGAUGGACGCCCUGGACAGGGCGCUUUGCUUCGUGAAGAUGGAAUCUUGCUUCGAGGAAGGCCCGCGACGUGUGGAGGCUGGAAAGCACGUCUGCGCAAAGAUGGAUGCCACGGGCGUGUUCUCUUGCGCGAGCUUGCUGGAGGACACCGACCGAGUCCCUCUCGAAGUGUUCAGCUCCUUGGAAGAGUCCCUCGCCGGGUGUCCGGAGAAGGACAAUCCGCUGUGGAGCAUAUUGCAGCAAGGCCCAGGCACCCUUUGGAGCCUGGGCGCCGCACUCCAGCCAAAAGCAUGCCAGGAGGAGGGAGGAGACCAAGACCUAGCGACGCACCUCCUCUGCCGCGGCUUCCAGGGUGUCCUGCUCGAAGGACACCCGCAGAGGUUGGCCAUGCUCAAAGAUUUCUUCAGCAACCGAAGCGAUCUAGUGCUCCUAUCCCAGAUUGCCGAACCCAGCUCUGUGGCCGCAAUGUUCGAGGAUGCCACCUGGAACAACCGGGCGCUCCGGAACAGCGAGGUCGAUCUGCUGCAGAUCACACUUGGCUGCAGCGACUGCAGCUUUCUGAGCGCGCUCCUAAAGAAUGGGGUGCGGCCGCGUUUCCUCCGAAUCAUCUUUUGGCACGUGAUACCUCCGCCUCUCCACUACCAGCCAGGUUCCCAUCGCCCCCUCGGCGACUGGUACGAGGACGUCAUGCACCUCACCGGAGAAGCCUGCUCAUUGCAGGCAGUCGCAGAAGCGGCGCAGGAGGACUAUGAGCUGUGGUUCCUGGAUCCGCGUGAUUGCGACAAGGCCAUCUUCGCCCGGCGAGAUGUGGCGACCGAGCUUGGCCUUCCUGUC